AGGUUAAGGUCAGAUAUUUUGUGACAUUAUAUAGUUUGGUUAUAAUACGACGAUUUCAGCGAUCCUUACCUCUUCAGUAUAGGUCAUUGUAAGAAAACAGUUAGUCCAACUAAUUAGGCUUUUCAAAGAAAUAGAACAUUCACUAUGUCGGAUGAGUCUUGUACACAUUUGUACAAAGGUGCUGUGACUUCAAAACCUGGGAAUGAAACUGUCUUAGGGACUCCCGUACCUGUUGCACACUCAACUGUUGGCUACGAUAAACCUUCCAACAAUCACAAACGUGAUCGGUUUCAUUUAAAUGAAACGCAACAAACUUCUCCAGCUUUUGAAAAACAAACGUAUGUUAUCAAUCCGUUUAGCAGAAAUCAAAGUUACGACGUCUCUAAUUCUAAUAAUAAAGAAUUAAGUAUUCUAAACAUCGACACAAUAAAGGGUCUAUCUGAUAGUGUAUUAGAUCGUAGUUUACAGAAUCCCAAAUACAAUGAAAUAUCCAGAAAACUAGACUUAGGAAAUAGAAAUAAGCAGAUGGAUACCUUUAAAGAUGAACACUGUCAAUCACUAGCAAAUCUGUCGACUGAUAUGGAGACUCAACAGAAAAUACAAUUUGAUGAUGAGGAAUUGAAGAUGCUGGAAGAAGCUUUCAGCGACUUUGAUUGUGAAGCAUCUGAAGCAACUGCUCCAACUCGAGUUUGCGAGACAUUUGCUCGUCGAGUAUCGUGUGAUUUACUAGACGUUGAAGAACAAUGUUCAAAUGGAAAUAGCACAUCAGUUUCUUCCCUGUCAUCUAGUGAAGGUAUCUGUGAUGUUGAUGGCAGCAAUGUUGGCGUUGUCGACCUGGUCAAUCCUAGUGUUUCUACCCAUUUAUGUAAUAUCCCUCAGACCACGGAAUUGUCAACUCUAGUUUCAGAAUGUUAUUCGAAGAACACUAUCGAAAAGCAAGCAAACUCUUCAAAGAAUGAGUGUGGCCAAUCAAUUUUAAGACCUCAAAACAAAAAUUAUUCACAUUUGCCUUGCCUUACUGGUUUAUCAUCUGUUUUUGAAGUUGACUCAAAUGAAACCAAGUCCGGUGAUUGCGUACAACCUAACUUAUGCCCAAUAACUACAUCACCUUUAAAACUAAAUCAAGCAAUAACGGUCUCACCAGUACAGAAUCUAAUCAGUCGCACUUCAAAAUGUACAAAUAAUGAACCAAUCCAAUCUAUGAACAGAAAUAAUAAUUUAUCAACCCAAACACAAGUGACAGAACAGAACUUAUCCAGUAAAAGUUCACAUCCUUCACAAAAAGUAAAUAAUCUUAGUGAUGCCAGCAGUUUGAAACUGAAAAAUUUGAAUUUGAAUCAAUCAGAUAUAUCAUAUGUUGAUAUCAGUUGUCUACAUAUGUCCGAUAUUGACAGUUUGUUAGAUAUGAUUACAGCUACAGGUAAGCAGCCGGAUGAUAGCAAACUGGAAUCGGUUUCUCGUCACAAUAAAUUAUCUUCACAUUUAGAAAAACAACUUGAGGCUGUUAGACAAGCUCUAAGAUCUAAUAUUCCUAGUAAUACAGUUAAUUCUAGUAAAAUCUCAGCUGGUGUAAACGGAAAACAACCAAAUUUUUCACAAUCCAAAGUGGAUGCACUAAAGGAAAAUAUUCCUCCUACAAAUACAACUAGUUCUGGUCAGAAUGUAACUCACAGAAAAAAACUAUCUCAUUAUCCUAAUCCGGAUGUUCCACAUGUGCCUGCGAAUCCAUCAGCUAAAUCCCAUUCGAUUAAUGCUACAAGCGAGAAUCCAUCAAUUCAUGACGGAUCUGUAAUCUCGCAAAAAGAUUCUUUCUCUCUAGAGGUGUUAAAAUCUCAAAAUAUUCCUAUUCUAUCAAAUACUAACUGCUUAAUUUGGGCUGGUGCAGUUUGUGGACAGAUACAUCGACAACAUUUCCUUAUCAAACAUCAAAUGGACAAACCGACUACCAUAUCAUUUGUCGUUCAUCCCAAAUCAGAAGUGUUUAAACUUGUUGACGAAAAUGGUUAUUUGAUUACAGGAACAUUUCAUAUUUACUUACCACCAAAUCUUGAAUAUGAAGUAAGUGUCGCUUACGUUGCAAAGCAUCCAGUUUCUUGGGAUUUCGGACAUUUACUUUUACGAUCUGAAGAAUUCAAAACUUCCACUUUUAAAGUAAGACUAAUUGGUUAUACAAAUUCCAGUGAAUUGGUUUGUUCUUGUUGUUCAAAAUUAAGUCCCAAUGUUUAUUGGGUUGUUGCGUCUAAAAUUAAUCCCAGUUCUGAGUCAGUGGCUAAAGAUAAUGAAAAAUUUCAUGAAGCAAGUCUACGUUCUACCAAAUAUGAACUUACUUCAAAUGUAUCUGGAUGCUCUUUGGCAAGUAUUAAUAUCAGUAAUUAUGGCUCUAGAUCUGCUUGGGUCUAUGCUCGUGUUGAUUGGGUCGAUCGAAAAACCGCCAGUCAAAAUGAACAUGAUGGUACUUCUGAAUGCGGUGUUAUUAUUGAACCUAAAGCUUUAGUUAUUGGAUCGAAACAAUCUCAGAGCAUUUUUAUUACUUUAAAGCAUGGUGUAAAUGCUGCACGUAUAGUAUUUUACCAUGGAGAUGAAGUUGUUCGUUAUCAGUUCCGACGAUUAUGUGCUUGUUUUGAAGAGACCAUUUCAAAAUUGAGAAAACGGUCUAGUCACAGCCGUCAAAAUAAUCGUUUACGAUUAUCAGACAUUUUGAAAGAUUUUGAAUAUGAACAAUCUAUCCAAAUCGUUGAACUGCCUCCGGCAUCCUUCAAUGAUCUUCGACCCCAGGACUGGCAUCAGGCCUUUAUGGAUCAAGUAAAUCAUCGUGAACAUAUGCUCCUGUGUAUUUAUACUUCAAAACAAAAUCAAAAUUCAAACACUCAAAAUCAACACAGCGUAUAUUUAUCCAGUUCAGUAUCGGAAUCAGUACUUGAGAAUUCGUUAACUAGUGUUUUUGUACAACAAGAUGCUUUCAAACAUCAAAAUUCUAUUAAUCCUAUUCAUCGUGAAAGUUCUGCAACAUUUUUUUCAAAGCCAAUAUCGAGAAAUGGUAGUUUGUGUGAACCUUAUUCGACAAAUACUUUAACCCCUAAUAUUUCAACUGGUCAAAGUUCCAAAGGAAAAACGUCACUCGUUCAACUGCCAAAAUUAGAAAUAAACCCUCCGUAUAUUUUGGUGUUUCCACCAUGUACUCCCAAUUGCUCAACAGAAGCUCAAUUUUCUGUGAGCUUAAAACCAAGUUCACCUAGUGAAGAUGAAACGUCUUCCUUGUCAUUAUGGAAAGUGUUUUGGUCGGCAAAUCCUGUAACUGGAAUACAACUGCGAAAUAUUACUUCAAAUUCCUCUUAUCCACUUAACAAACGGUCUACCAUGGAACAAGGUAUCUUUCAGUUGUUACCUUCUAAAUCGAAUUCACUCAAUCAACACAGCAUUAAUAAUAAGUCAGUCAGCAGUGUUGGCAUUUUAUCAACCAAUGCUAAUAACACGGAAUUUCGUUCAUUUUUAAUACCUUUUCGUUUCAAACCCACUUCAUAUUGUGAAAAUAUUUUAACUCAAGAUUGGCAUUUGGAUUUUUGGCUAGAACCAUGUAUACAGAGCCAAUGUCAUUUUAUAUCUAAAUGCAAUUUAAAAGAUUCAGUCACACUUCUAGUCACUUUAGAAGGUUCGUGUCAUGAUCAAGCAACAAGGAAAGAAUCACUCACAUACCUGCAAAGCAUAGGCGACUACAAGUUAAAAUACCCUCUUCCGAAGUCUCAAUGUUUUAAUGAUCGUACUUCGUUGAUGAUUGAUGAAAACACUUUGAAAACGGUUCAUAUUGGUCCGAUUGAUGUGAUUGGCCUACCAGUUUCUUUUGAUACUAUAGACUCCAAUUCUUCAAUAACCUCUCGUUCUCACAAUAUUAUGUUGAUCAAUCGAAUGAAGACAGCUGAAGCAUUCGUCAGAUUGAAACUUCCAAGACCACCAUUCUACGUUAUGGAGCCCAAGGAAAUAAGGUUUCGUAUAUCACCUCGUUCCCGUGUACGAAUAGUGCUUAACUUUCGACCAUACACACUAGGAAAAUCAAGUUCCGUUCUGGGAAUUAGUGUUGAAUAUCACAAACAAGAAAAUUUAUCUAUGGAAAAACCCUAUUUUAAUGUCAAACCAAUUAUCGAAUCUUUCCAAGUUCACUUAUUCGGUACAAUGAAUUAACUUCAAAUCUUUCUUAUUCCUUGUAUUUUACAACUGUAUGUCCUUACUCCUGAUUUUUAUGUAUAUUUAAUAUUUCAUACACAUAGUUACAUUCUUAAUCUUGAAGCGCGCAAGAAGAGAAUAAUAUGAAUUCAUUUUAUUUCGUUUGGUUGUCGUCAGCUGCGUACAACCUAAAAUUUAAAAAUCAUCAUAAACAUAAUAAGCUAUGAAAUAAUGCUACACAUAGUGCAUUAGACGACAUCCAACGCCUAGGUUUAAAUGAAAUGCUAAGCUCUGAGUAGUCCAUGUGAAAAAUGGUCUUCCGAAAAUUUUCUUGUACCUCAUUGACCUAUAGUUAGCUGAAAAAAUUUUGCAUAACACGCCAAGUGGGUGGGAAAUUUAUGCAUCAGCGGCAAUAAGGGAAGUCGAAUCCAAUGUGACUAUGGUCUAGGAUUGACGAGGCAGUGAAUCAUCAUCGAUUGUAAUGGUUAAAACAUGUAUUCUCGACGCGUGAUAAUGGCUGGUGUAGGUGUAUUCUAGGAGCGGCCAAACCAAGAAUAAGUAUCAAUCCGCGGAAACACUAACGGACUAAAACAUAUAGAUAAGUGCAGACUACCUGAGUGAGGUCUGCUUGAAUAUCGCAACGAAAGAAUAGCGACCUUGGGUGACAUGGUUUAGUAUAUUUCGCAAUGGGGCAGAUUAAUUCAACCAUUUUUACCCCUCUUAGUUCCUAGGUUCCCAAGUUACCUACUAAAUUUUUUUUAUUCUACUGAUCCACACUUAUUCGAAUCGUAACUUCGUUACUAAUUCUACUCAUGGAUUCGUCUUAACAAUUUCAUCUCUCUACGUCUGACUGAUGCUUUAGGAUUAAAUUUGUGGUCGGUCAAUGGUUCAGAAGCCUACAGACCUGAAUAAUUAAGCUGUUAUUGCCAUUAAAGUCCUACGAUAACUCGUGAGUCAAUAAUCUAUGCGCAUGAGACAUUGUCACUACAAAAAAACCUCACCAAUGACAUCAAAGUUUCCGGGAUUUGUUAUUAGCGUCUUGAGUUUGGUACCUCUACCUUAUUACUCAAACUAGUAAAUGUGAACCAAGAAAGCAAUUGCACCUUUUGGGUAACUAAGUAUUUAACUGAGUAAAUGCGAACGAGUUUUCGGCAACAGUGCAUGGCUUUACUGGCUCGGUCAUUUGACGAACUUAGUGGUGUAAUGUUCUUGGAAUUAUCUUCCAAUAUUUAUGAAGGGCAAAGCUAACGAACAAAGAAGUAAUGAGGGAUAUGCCAGUCUAUUGGUUUAUUAGCAAAAAAGUAACCUAACUAAGUGAUGCGGACAGGAUAUGUUGCCCCCAUUUCACUCGGUUUAGAGCAAAAUCACAGGGGUUUCUCACUAUGGCUAACACCAGCCGGUAGACCUACAUGGUUCCUAAGAACAGCCAGCGAAUUCUACAAGAGGACCUUAGUUUGAUAGCUUGGCUUUUUCUAUAGACGAAAUCGGACAUCAAGGUGCCCAAUCUCAUAUGAUUAUUUAAACAAACUCUCUGUACCAAAACCAAGGGAUAUGAAUUUUAAAAUGCUCAUCAGUGAGUAAUUGUUUUGAAGUGUUUUAAAAUAAGCACAAAAUACAGUUUUUUAUUCACAGGCGAAGAAAAUUCUCCCUUUUUCACGAGCUUUAUUUAGUUUCUUUGAAAGUUUUUUCGUUCUUCUUGCUUGAAUAUUGGUAGUUCUUUUAACCUGUCUCUCACGUUUCUUUUCUUCAUUAGCCUCUAUACGCUUCUUCCAGUUUUUAGCUCGUUUCCGUUUGAGUUUAUGUACUUUAUCAGCUGCCCUUUUCAAAAGUGACAUGUCAUCUUUAACCUUCACACCUGAAAUGAUAAAAAUUAAUUCAUAGCAUCAGUAUACCUUGAGCUCUGAGUGAUGCAAUUUUCCACUUUUUGCGAAUGAUAUCAACGGAUGUCAGAUCUGCAUUGUUAGUUUCUGAUUUCGGACUCUUGUUAGCUUUUUUCAACAAUUUUAUUGGGUCUCUGCCAACAAAUAUACCCUGCUUCUC